GAACAAACGUCUGAAGCGAUAAGAAAAACAUACAAAAUGUGCAGAGCAGGGGGGCGCGAGGAUUGGAAGCAUGUCUCGAUACUAUUUGAGACUGGCUUUGGUUGGUUUGACCUUUUCUGUUGUGGGAUGUUUGUCUGAUGUGUCAGUCGGGCCUUUAGAAGACAUCACAGAUGAUUCAAAUAUCGAAAUACAAGUGUUGGAAAAUUUCAAAAGUGUUAGUCCACCCAUUCAAAGUCCAGUAACAGGCAGACUUCAAAGGAACGUAGAACAAUUUAACAGCAAAUAUCAGCUACCCAGGAUCAACUCCGCCUCAUACAGCCAGAGAAAUGAUGGCAAUGCAAAAAAUCCAAGCUUCAGCCCCACUGACACAAGAGCUUCUGCAGAUGUUAUCUAUUACCAUUCAGUCCCAAAUAAAGUCCAGUCCAAUACAAAUCGCAGAAAUAAUCCUGUUGAAUUUUCAAGUGUCAGAUUUAAUGAUGGAAUUGAUGCCAAACGAAGCUAUGCUUUGCAAACAGUCAGAGAGGAACAAAAUCCUUUAGACUUUAAAGGGAGCCAAAUGAGCUCUAGUGAUACAAAUAUGGCCCCAAGUCUAGUGAGGAAAAAUGGUGGAAUGCAUGCAGCAAAUGUGUAUAGAUCUGGCUCAUUUGGAUAUCAACAUAUUCUGAAAUCAGAAAGUUUACAACGCAAUGAACCCUAUUUCAGGGAAAAUAUUCCAACUAAUUAUAUGUCUAGAAGCUCAACUGUGAACCAAAUGAGGCACAAAAAUGAUGGAAACAUGCUGUUUGAUCAUUUACUUCAAAACAGUGGCCAGAAUCAAAAUGUGCUGAUGAAUACAUCUCCCUCAAUUGUAAGAGCAAAUCAUCAAGAGAGCAAACCAUUACCACAUGCUUUUUCUGCUAGGACUGGAGUCAUUUCUCAAAUUUCCUACGCAAAUACAAGGGAUGCAGCUCUUUCCAAGGUGUACAAACCUCCAACAAUCCCAACAUCAGUAUCUCCUGGCUUUUCGGGAUCAAAUUCAAAUAGAGGUCAUAGCAUCCUUCCAUUAAAAAAAUCUUUCAUGUUUUCUUCUCAACAUGAUCAUGUCAAGCUGUCUGAUUCUGAAAGGGUUGCCAGUCCCAAUACAAAAUCAGCCAUGAGCAGCUACACUUUCAAGGACAUUCAGUUGACCUCUACACAAAAUGAUUACCAAAAUAGGGGACAAAGUAGUCAGAAUCUUGUGCCCGUUCAAACAUUUCACAGUCAAAAGAAGUAUGAUAAUUUGGCUACAGGUAUAUCUGCCUUUAGGCCUUCACUGACCAAUAAUGCCCGGUCUUACUUUCUACCAAAUGAGAACAGUGGCAUCCAGAUGUCUUCGCUACUUGACCGAUCAAAACAAAACACAGACUUGACCCCACAAAUGCAGUUUGCAAAAAACACCAUGUUAUUUUCAGAAUAUGCUAAAAAUAUGAACCUACUAUACCCAAAAAGUCAUUCAUUAAAGAAGCCAAGUCAGCAUAACAUCAGAAAUUGGACAGAUCUGAAUUCCUUCGGUCAAAGUGCAGUGCAAUCAUCAUUCGUUAAAAAUUAUCCUGCGCCAAGUCUGCUGACUGGUAACACAAUAGAGAGCGUCCACAGCAUUAGUCCAUAUGUGUCUGGCACUCAAGGCACAUCAGAAAAUUCAGGUCAAAACAGACCAUAUUAUCUAACUUCUAAAAAGCCAUAUGCUUUUAAAGGUUUCACAUUUGUCCCUACAUUUCAGACAUUUCUACAAAAAACAGAAAUGUACUCUGGCCAAAAACCUCUCUCAAACUCGGUGCAAUAUGCCCCUGCUCGUCCACAUACCACCCUAAGUGCACUCGCUCAAAAGCCCUUGGUGCGUAAGAGCUACCAGAAAACACUUUUUCAGUUCAAGGACAUUGAAACAAGCCAAGAAAAACAAAUUUAUCUGGAUCAGACAGAUUCUUUUGAUAAUGGACCCCAGCAUGAAACAGUCUCUUCUACUGUAGGUGCAAGUAACCCGAUGUCUAAUGCUCCAAAGCACCAUGUUGUUAAAGGUCAAGCUGUAGUGAUGAAAACAUCUCUGAGCAGCAUGAAUACUUCAGCGAGCCUUACAAAUAAUGGAGCUGUUUCCCUUCAGAACCACCCUAAAACAGGGUACGGUCGGUUGACAGUUGAUGAAGUUCAGUCAAAAACAUCUCAGAGGUGGACUUCAAGUAGGCCUGCUUCAGCACAGUACAUUGAAUCUAACCAAGGUGAAAUUCCGACAGUGAAAUCCUCAAACACCAGGUUUGUUGGACCCAACUCAUACAACACAUCCAUAAAAUCUAAAAACAGUCAUGAGAAUCCCACAUCUGAGCUCAAGUCUUCUCUUAUGAACAAAGUGAGUGGCUAUCCUCAAAUACACAAUGCUGUUAUCCAGCCACUUCGCAGGUAUAGCAUGAAGGAACAUGAACGUCUGUUGAAUCCUACAAAGGAAACUAAAGACGGAAACACUGCUGGAAUAACACAGUCAAAUAUUACUGACUAUUACAGUCCCAUAAGAUUGAGACCAACAAGCAGCACUGUGAUUAGUAGGUGGGUCGAAGUGACUCCAGAAGGAAAGAGAUCUGAUGACAAUUCAAACCACCAGAAUGUCUAUGCCAUCCCAACCUACCAAUCUGCAAUAUAUAGAGCUGCUGACAUUAAUAAACAUAAAACUAAUAGCUCUGCAAAGCUCACUUACCAGUCACCUAUACACAGAUCUUCUAUAAAAACUUCUGGCAAAACUAACGUCAUGCAAGCCCAGGGAUCAAGACCCACAAGCAGCUUUGUAGUCGGAAGGUACAUUAAAACAUUUGAUAAAACCUCAACCAAAUCAAACCUCAACAUGCCUUCUACAAAAACAGGCCUACACAAUUAUAAACCAGUUCAGUUUUCAGAUAUAGCGGGUAGCGCCUCCUUCAAUAACGCUGCUGACACCACGGCGAAGAAAAAAGUGGAUCCUGAAAGUGACCAGUACCGCUCCAAUUCAACAUCAGUGAUGGAGGAAAGUUUUAAAGAGCUGCUUUUUAACACUUCAUCUAUGAUCUCAGCCUCACAAAAUGAAACUGAUGAAAGUACAGUGGAUUUAACUGUCCUUGAGCUUAUGCCAACUGCUGCUACAGACUUCACCACAGAAUCCCAGCUGCCAUUUACAGAAGAAUAUACUCUACCUCAACCAACUGUCUAUUCCUCUUGGGAUCUUGGCAAUCUUACUACACCUACAGCAGAGGGUACCGAUCCACUUUUUGAGGGAACAUUGAUACCCAAUACAACUUUGCUGGUCAAACUGACAUCAGAUUGAGAUCUGCCUCUUAAAGUUUUCUACUGUAUGUACUAUACAAUGGUAACUGUCAUUAACCUCAACAGACUAAAAUGUGUUUUUCUUUUCUGUAUUUAGAUAGCACCAGAUCUGUCGUCACUUUCACUUGCAUUAAAUUGGUGAGUUCUGAGUUU